UAUGUUCAAGAGAACAGCGCCACUAAAGUAGUUACUUGGUGGAAAGAACCAAAAACUAUAGUAGAUCUUUAAAAUGCAAUUAAACAUUGGUCUCAAUAAUUCUUUAAAUUUGGAGGUCGUCUUAGAAGAGAAAAAGCAUUCAGAUAACUCAACUUUGAACCUAAAACCCCUGAACGAUUUGUUAAAACGCGAGAAUGGAUCAAAAAAUAAACAGAAGGUUAACAAGACUAAACUGAACCAAAAUAAUCAUAAACAAUAGAGCGUAAUCUAUAAAUUGAAGAUGGGUUUGAAGAAUUAUGAUAGUAUAUUUGAUUAUUAAAAUUAAAAUGAACGCCAAUAAUAUCUAUGUACAUAUAUAUACUUAAUAAAAUACUUAUUUUAGCCAUCAUUCGAAAGGGAUAGUGAAUAACAUUAAUAUAUCAAACUUAAAUUUGUCAUCCUAGAAAAAGAUUGGCCUUACCCAAACUUUGAAAUUAUUGUAGCUUAUAAUGAUCCUCUCAUGUUUAUAAAUAAAGAAUUGUAAGAUAGGCAUGGAGGUAUUACGGAUAUCAGAUUAUAUUUGGAUGCUGAAAAGCAAAAUCAGUAAAUUAUUAAUUCCAUUAGAUUACAAUACAUAUUCAAUAAAAAAAUUGGAGAUGCUCUAGCAAUCAAAGGAUCAAAUUCCCAAGAAACUGCUCCUAUUGUUACUAUCUAUUACGAUUUUAAAAAUGCCAUAAAGUCACCAGUUCAAUUAUUUUGA